CAUAGUAAUUUCAAAGUUCUUAAUUAAUUUUUGUGGUUAAACCUUGCCUUUGGCAUUGCUAUAUAAACCCUAGCAUCACUUCUUUUGCUACACACCAAAUAACAACGUGUUGUUUUUAAUAUUUCUUAGCUAUAUCACAAAAUGGCUUCAAGUUCUAAGGUUCUUCUUUUUGUGCUUCUUGGUGUUCUUGUUUGUAGUAACAUUGAUGCAAGGAAGCUUGGGAGUGAUAAGGGUUUAAGCGAUGAGAAGACUUUCUUUCAUCGUCCAGGAUACGGUGGAGGUGCAGGAGGAGGUGGUGGUUUUGGUGGUGGAGGUGGUAGUGGAGGAGGGAUAGGUGGUGGUUCAGGAGGUGGAUUUGGUGCAGGUGCAGGUGGAGGGGCCGGAAGUGGACUUGGAGGUGGAGGAGGUUUCGGUGGUGGUGGAGGCGGUGGUGUUGGUGGAGGAUCAGGGUUUGGAGGAGGAUCAGGAUUUGGAGGUGGUGCAGGUGCGGGUGCUGGUAGUGGACUUGGAGGAGGUGGCGGAGGAGGAUUUGGAGGUGGUGGUGGUGGUGGACUUGGCGGUGGUGGAUCCGGUGGUGGAUUUGGUGGUGGAGCUGGAGGUGGAGUUGGAAGUGGUUUUCCAUGAUUAUAAAGAAGGAAACUAAUGUUUAUCAAGCACUAGUAUUAAUAACAUGUGUCUUUAUGUGUUUACCUAGUUUCACUAUUGAUUUGUUUCAACCAUUAUUGUAUUUCUUAAUUAUUUGUCGAAUUUUAAACAUAUUCUUAAACCGGUUAUAAAAACUUGUUCUCAGUCAUAUAUAUGAAGUAAACUUCUAAAAUAGGUUACCAAAAAA